AGGAUGACAGCUUAGAAAGAAGAGGGCAAUGGGGCUUCCUCCCAGAGGCGGUGCGGCACAGAGGAGCUCUCGCAUCACAAGGUGACCCUAGCUCCCCACUGCCAUCUCCGCGGUCGCCGUCGACAGCGCGCUGGGGCUACUCGGCGCCCUCCCAGUCUCCUGGCCUCUUUAGCUCCUUUUCUCAGCCAAGAUCCCAGGGAGCCUGGGGUUAGGAGCUUACUUGGGGGCUUCCCCCCUCCCGCCCCCCCUCCGGAGAGCCCGGGGAUGGAGAGCCGAAAGGACAUGGUUAUGUUUCUGGAUGGGGGUCAGCUUGGCACUCUGGUUGGUAAGAGGGUCUCUAAUUUGUCCGAAGCCGUGAGCAGCCCGCUGCCUGAACCGCCAGAGAAGAUGGUGCCCCACGCUUGCCUGAGCCCGCGAGCCGGCCCUCCGACUGCCCGGGAGCGUGGCGGGGGAGGCCCGGAGGAGGAGCCGGUCGAUGGACUAGCAGGCAGUGCUGCAGGGCUGGGCGCCGAGCCACGGUCUGCAGGAGCGGCCGUGCUUGGUCCAGGACCCCCAGUCUCCUCCGCGGACAGCCUCUCUGGCCAAGGGCAACCCAGUAGCUCAGACACCGAAUCGGAUUUCUAUGAAGAAAUCGAGGUGAGCUGCACCCCGGACUGCGCCACCGGGAACGCCGAGUACCAGCACAGCAAAGGGUCAGGCUCCGACGCACUGGGCGGCAGUCCUAACAGUGGCAGCGAGGUCCCCAAAAGCAACGGUAGCAGCGGCAGCGGCGGCUCCCAAGGCACCCUGGCCUGCAGUGCUAGUGACCAGAUGCGCCGAUACCGCACUGCCUUCACCCGGGAGCAGAUCGCGCGGCUGGAGAAGGAGUUCUACCGAGAGAACUACGUAUCAAGGCCGAGGAGAUGCGAGCUGGCUGCAGCCCUAAACCUUCCUGAAACUACCAUCAAGGUGUGGUUUCAGAACCGACGCAUGAAGGACAAGCGUCAGCGGCUGGCCAUGACGUGGCCGCACCCGGCGGACCCCGCCUUCUACACGUACAUGAUGAGCCACGCGGCGGCCGCGGGCGGCUUGCCCUAUCCCUUCCCGUCGCACCUGCCCCUGCCCUACUACUCGCCGGUGGGCCUGGGCGCAGCAUCCGCGGCCUCGGCCGCCGCUUCGCCCUUCAGUGGCCCGCUGCGCCCGCUUGACACGUUCCGCGUGCUGUCGCAGCCCUACCCGCGACCCGAACUGCUGUGCGCCUUCCGCCACCCACCGCUCUACCCCGGCCCAGCGCACGGACUGGGCGCCUCGGCCGGCGGCCCCUGCUCCUGCCUUGCCUGCCACAGCAGCCCGGCCAAUGGGCUGGCCCCGCGGGCCGCCGCAGCCUCGGACUUCACUUGUGCCUCCACCUCCCGCUCGGACUCCUUCCUCACGUUCGCCCCCUCCGUGCUCAGCAAGGCCUCCUCGGUGGCGUUGGACCAGAGAGAGGAGGUGCCCCUCACCAGAUAAGGGGUUGCC